GAUGAAUAUAUAUAUAUAUAAACACAUACAUUUGUACCCUUUUAUUUUCUCUACCUUUACUUUCCUCUCUGUUCUACUGGUUUCUGACUCUCUGAUUAAUCUUUCGAUUAAGUUCUCUAUUUCUUUUUUGAAAUUCAUCACGGAUGGCGACCGCCAUGGUCGAAGAUUCGAGCUUCGAAGAGGACCAGUUGGCUUCGAUGACCACCGAGGACAUCGUCCGAGCUUCUCGUCUUCUAGAUAACGAGAUUCGAAUUCUCAAGGAGGAGAUGCAAAGGACAAAUCUCGAGUUAGAUUCGUACAAAGAGAAGGUUAAAGAGAAUCAAGAAAAGAUCAAGCUUAACAAGCAAUUGCCUUACUUGGUUGGCAACAUCGUCGAGAUAUUAGAGAUGAAUCCCGAAGACGAGGCAGAGGAAGAUGGUGCCAACAUUGAUCUUGAUUCACAGAGGAAGGGUAAAUGUGUUGUACUGAAAACCUCAACUCGUCAGACCAUCUUUCUACCUGUGGUCGGACUUGUUGACCCUGAUAAAUUGAAGCCUGGUGAUUUGGUUGGCGUCAAUAAAGACAGCUACUUGAUAUUGGAUACUCUGCCAUCUGAAUACGACUCUCGAGUAAAGGCUAUGGAGGUUGAUGAGAAACCAACCGAGGAUUACAAUGACAUUGGUGGGUUGGAAAAGCAGAUCCAAGAACUAGUUGAGGCUAUUGUGUUGCCUAUGACUCAUAAAGAACGGUUUCAAAAGCUAGGAGUUCGACCACCCAAGGGUGUGCUCUUAUACGGACCUCCUGGUACUGGAAAAACCCUGAUGGCCCGUGCUUGUGCGGCACAAACAAAUGCAACAUUUCUGAAGCUAGCAGGUCCGCAACUGGUUCAGAUGUUCAUCGGAGAUGGAGCGAAACUUGUCCGUGAUGCCUUUCAGCUUGCAAAAGAAAAAUCUCCAUGCAUCAUUUUUAUUGAUGAAAUCGAUGCAAUCGGUACGAAGCGUUUUGAUAGUGAAGUGAGUGGAGAUAGGGAGGUUCAACGAACAAUGUUGGAACUGCUCAACCAGCUUGAUGGCUUUAGCAGUGACGAACGUAUUAAGGUAAUAGCAGCUACUAACCGAGCUGAUAUCCUUGACCCUGCUCUCAUGCGUUCCGGUCGAUUGGAUCGUAAAAUUGAAUUCCCACAUCCCACUGAAGAAGCAAGAGCCCGAAUCCUUCAGAUCCACUCAAGGAAGAUGAACGUUCAUCCGGAUGUCAAUUUCGAAGAACUUGCUCGUUCGACCGAUGAUUUUAAUGGAGCACAGCUGAAAGCUGUUUGCGUAGAGGCAGGCAUGCUAGCACUUCGCCGAGAUGCAACUGAGGUGAAUCAUGAGGAUUUCAAUGAAGGUAUAAUUCAGGUUCAAGCUAAGAAGAAGGCAAGCUUAAAUUACUACGCUUGAUCUGGAGAGCAUUUAGCCAUUAGAGAAGGCAAGAUAAAGACGAUAGGGGUAGCAAAAUGACAUUUUUCGAAUAGAUUGAUUGAAUUCGGUUUCUUCGGUUUCGGUUUUAAUGUGUUUUCUUCGGUUAACUUUGGUUUUUUUAUUUUUAUUUUUGAACCCAAUUGAUAAAAAAAAACAAAACAAAUCUAUACUUAAAAAAGUGUGAGGGAAAAAAAAAUCUCAAGACUCAAAGUGAUUGAUUAAAAUGAAAAUUAAUUUCGGUUAA